AUGAAUUCGCAAAACUCCGAGUCCAUUGAAGCGAAGAUAGAGGCUUUUCGCGACGCGUGUCAUUCCGGCACCAUCGAAGAGCGAGACGCGACUUUUUUGCCCUCGGCAGAGUCCUUCGAUUCUAUCGACCAAAUGGAAGAAUCCGGGGCUGAUAACGAUUCGCAUUCAGCCGAUAAAACCCCAAUCGCAGCAACUAUAAUCGAUCAAUCUACCAUUACCGCGUCAGAAAAAAAAAACAAUGCAGAAUUUUUUUGUGGCAGGGGCUCGAAAACGCCCGAUCGAUACAUGAAAAUUAGAAACUUUAUUCUGAACGCAUGGAGUGCUAACCAGCCCAAAUAUUUAUCCAAGACAAGCGUCAGAUCAGGACUCAAGGAUUGUGGAGAUGUAAAUGCAAUAGGACGAGUUCACGCAUACUUGGAAUCAAUAGGAGCCAUCAACGUUGGGGAUGAUUUAUUAAAGAAGAGACAGCGUGUUGUCAAAAGGAAAACCUCCGAUAGUACAGGACAGAAUGCAAGUUCUAACGGAAAAAAGAAGACCAAGAAAGUGGAAGAUGAGAAUUGGACGCUCAACGGACGUGGAAGAAAGGUUCACAACGAUGAUGUCGAAUGGGAGAACCUCAAUGACCAAGAAUUUCCCGGUAAUGAUGAUGUAUCAGGCGAUGGUCCAAUACGCCGCAACACGUCAUUGAAAAUUCGCGUACAUUAUUUCUUUAAUCCGAAUCAAUACGACGUUUUAGCCUAUGAUAUGGUGGGUUCAUAUGACCCAUUCCGUUUGGUACCUCCACUUAAUUAUACAUCGAGAAAUCCCGCACCUUUUCGUGUAUCGGUCUCAGAAAAUGUUAUGCUUGUCAUGGACUUUCACGCUCAUCUGGCAUACACGGAAAUUAUCGGUUUACUCGGCGGUCACUUUUAUCCCGACCGUGAAAGCAUGGAAGUAACUUACGUGUAUCCAUGCAAAAGUGCGAGCACGGGUUUUCAGUGUGAGAUGGAUCCGGCUUCCGAAGUAGCCGCCAGGGAGGAAAUGUGGCGACGUGAAGAUGGUUUGGAACCAUUUAUCGGUGUUAUCGUUACACCGUAUGAUGUAGAACAUGAAUCCAACAUAUCCAGAUUUCAAUUCUGGAUGAGCGGGUCGAACUAUGACUUAUCGGGACAAUUCAAAUCUUAUAGGGCGGAUGAUAAUAUUACGAAGCUUGAUAAGAUGAUGGAGUCGUUGUCUUCACGUAUAUCUGCCUCCUCAUCUGCAGCCGAGGCGUUUCUUCUACGAAUUAAGGAACUCGUUGACAAUAACUUCCUUCCAAACAAGAAAGAUAAUGUUGCGGAACGCCAUGACGACAUUGAUUCUAUGGUCGCGGGAGAAAACGAAUAG